UUAAUCUCUACGCUUCUCUCUCUACAAUUACUCCUUGAGAGUUUCUCUCUCUAGAAUAUUGAGUAUUGCUGACUUGAGCGUUGGAGUGUUUUCCCCGAGGAAACAACCUCUGGAUUUUCAAGUGUGGAAGCAGCUGAGAGUUUCAACAGUGUUGGAUCGCGUAACUGCCCAAACAUUUGGCGCCGUCUGUGGGAACCUGAGCAAGAAGUCGUGUAGCUUAGCCUGCUGAAAGAAAAUGGUUCGAACCUUUAUAGGAGGUCGCCCCCCAAGAAAUGAGACGGACGAACAGGAAGACACUCAAGUAUUUGAGCCUGGUUUGAAUGACUUUAGGCCAAUGCCAAGAAACCUCUUCGUCGGGGGAGCCGAACAGGAGCACCUAAGUGAAACGGAUGAUGAACGAACACCAACGGGGUAUGCAACCCAGCCUGAACAGUUCCAAGUUCCAACAGGAACAAGACAAAGACCUUCCAGACCACACUAUUCACAGCAUGAACGACCUGAAAGGUCAACAGAGCCUGCUCGGACAACCGAGCUCGAAGAGAGAACCAGAGUCCUCGAAAUGGCAAUGGGAAGAAUCCUUGCCCGCCUAAUUCCUGACGACCCCCUGAUUCCUUUGUUGAACAGGGAUGCACAACCGGCUGCGGUUGUUGCAACUCAAAACUCCCCCGCUCUAAGCAACAUAAUAGUACCGACCAUGCCCAGGGGAAGUGGGAAACUGAAUAUCGAGCCCAGCUCGUCCAAACACAGUGAAGAACUGAUGAGAAAGAACGCGGACCUUGAGAGACAGCUACAGGACGUGCAAAAGUCUAUUGAUGAGUUGAAAAGUCCCAGGUCGCAUCAACAGACUCUGGAUUUAGAUAGUGCCCCACUAAACUUAUCCAUCACAGCGGAGCCGUAUCAAGAGGGGUUCAAAAUCCCCCACUUGGAGACGUAUGAUGGCUCGGGCGACCCGAAUGAACAUUUACACACCUAUCAGGCCAUCAUGAGAAUCCAAAACGCUAACGACGCCAUGAUGUGCAAAGUGUUCCCGGCAACCCUGAAGUCAACAGCUAGAAGAUGGUACCACAAACUCCCCAGACACUCUAUAGAUUCAUACUCCCAGCUCGCCAAGCUGUUCUCCAACAAAUUUGCGAGCCAAAGGGAGAUUAAACGCACGGCGACCGAGCUGAUGCAAGUUCACCAGAAAGAGGGGGAAUCUUCGAGGGACUACAUGCAGCGAUUCAACAAGGCUACUUUAGAUAUUGAUAACGUCCCUGAUACCAUCUGCUUGUCUGCCCUGCUGCACGGUCUGAAGCGCGGCAGGUUCCUAGAUGACUUACUGGAAAAUCCACCAAAGACGUGGAACGAAGUCAAUGACAGGUCAGCUAGCUUUAUACUAUCAGAGGACUUUCAGUCGUCGAAGCGGCGAGCUGAUGAUAAACAAAGCAAAGGCCAGGAACAGCUACUAAGAAGAGAGGAUAAGAAAAAGCAGAAAGUUAAUGAGCCGUGGGGGAAGCCGGCUGAAUUUCCAAAAUAUGCUAACUACGUCCCUCUGACCUUGCCAAGAAGACUGCCAGCACUGAAAGGACGAGCUGGAGUUCUUAGCUCGCACGGGGAAAUUAGAGGGGUAUGUCCAGAAGCCUCACACCCAGCAAACAGCUCAAACCCACUUCGUGCAGGGCUACGACCGACCUCAGGGGCAGAGGAUCAGAGACCUGCCGCCCAGAGCCAAAAAGACAGAAGAGGAGUUGGAUGCACCGCAAUACCUCCGCCGUUUGGUACAAUUAAUAUGAUCUCUGGCGGUAUGCAUUCAGGGGGCCAAAGUGCCCGAGCACGCAAGGCAUACGCCCGACAGGUGAUGACGGUUAACAAAAAUAGGCCUUUGAAGCGACCGUUCGAGGAGGCGGAGUGGGAGAACACACCCAUUACAUUCAGCCCGGCAGAUUACAAGCGAGCAGAUGAAGAGCCCGACGUCAUGAUGCCACAUGCAGAUCCUUUCGUGGCAAUGCUAAAUCCCAGCUCGCUGCAAAAGCACGAAGGGCCUAUAUAUGGGUUUAACAAUCAGCCGGUGCCGGUUGAAGGAGUAAUUACCCUUCCCAUCUAUGUGGGCUCGGAACCAAGAUUCAGGAUGGCUUCUAUCACUUUCCUGGUCGUCAAGAUGGAGUCAGCUUUCAACGCUAUAUUGGGAAGAGCCACUCUCUGCAAGCUGAAGGCUGUCAUAUCACAACCCCAUCUUUGCAUGAAAUUCCCAACCCCUCAGGGGGUAGGAGUGCUCAAAGGAAAUCAAAAGAUGGCCAGAGCAUGUUAUCAAGACACAUUUAAGAAGGUGGAGCUCACCGUAGCCCCGAGAGGCUCUGAAAAUAGUAAACCGACUCAGCCCGGUCAGCAGACAAUGAGCAUAUCGGACAUUGAGCAUAGACCCGAGGGGGUCGAGCAGAAAGCAGAGCCGGUAGAGCCGGUCGAAACCGUUCCUUUAAACCCUGAUGUGACGGAAAGAACAGUCAAGAUCGGCACCAAGCUCACAAAAGAAGAACGAGCAGAGCUCCUGGAAUUUUUGAGGGUCAAUCAGGAUGUGUUCGCAUGGACUACUGACGAAAUGCUUGGCAUCCCAGCGGAGCUGACAGUCCACAAACUCAGCACGGACCCCACCAGAAGGCCGGUGGUGCAGAAGCGUCGCCUUUUUGGCCCGGAGAAACAAGCUGCCAUAGACGAGGAGAUGCGGAAGCUGCUACAAGCAGGCUUCAUCAGGAGAGUGGAGUACUCCGAGUGGGUAUCCAACCCCGUGCUCGUCAAAAAGCCAAAUGGCAAGUGGAGGAUGUGUAUCGACUUUACCAACCUCAAUGACGCAUGUCCAAAAGACCCUCACCCCUUACCAAAUGUGGAGAAGUUAGUGGAGCGGGCGGCUGGGCAUGAAUGGAUGAGUUUUCUUGACGCCAGCUCUGGCUAUCACCAGGUUCAAUUACAGUUGAACGACCAGGAAAAGAAUGCUUUUUACGCUGGGGAUGCAAUCUACUGCUAUGUCAUGAUGCCGUUCGGCCUCAAAAAUGCUGGAGCAACAUACCAGAAGCUGGUGCAAAUCAUCUUUAAGCUUCAGAUCGGCAGAAACAUAGAAGUAUACGUGGAUGACAUGAUAGUCACCAGGAAAUUCCUAGGAUAUGUGGUAUCCAAGAAAGGAAUUGAGGUAAAUCCAGAGAAGGUCCAGGCCGUUCAGCAGAUGGAGCCACCCAAGACCAUAAAAGAUGUGCAGCGUCUGACAGGUCGGAUAGCUGCGUUGCACAGGUUUAUAGCCAGAUCGGCAGAAAAGUGCCUUCCGUUCUUCAAAGCCCUGCGGGAACCUAAGAACUUUCACUGGACUGCUGAAUGUCAGCAGGCGUUUGACGAGCUUAAACAGUAUUUAGCAUCCGCACCCCUGCUGUCCAAGCCUGUCGAGGGGGAAUGUUUUUAUCUUUAUCUGGGAGUCACCGAAGAAGCAGUGAGUUCAGUGCUACUGAGGGAAGAGAAUAAGAAUCAGAAGCCUAUCUGCUAUGUGAGUAAGGUGUUACAAGGUGCUGAGCAGAACUACCCACUAACGGAAAAGGCUGCUUUUGCUUUAGUCUGCACAGCUCAACUCUCUGGUCGGCUCAUCGGAUGGAGUAUCGAGCUGAGUGAGUACGACCUCAAAUUUCAGCCGCGCACAGCUAUAAAAGGCCAAGCUGUAGUAGACUUCUUGGUCGAAUGUGCCCCGGCAGCUGUAAGAGAAAAGGCACCUGAACACCCAAUGUGGGUUUUAUAUGUAGAUGGGGCUGCUAAUGUCGAAGGAUCGGGUGCUGGAGCGGUGUUAUUGGGUCCUGAUAGCUUUAAGUCCGAACACGCACUAAGGUUUAAGUUUCAGACGACCAACAACGCUGUAGAAUAUGAAGCCCUUAUCUACGGACUGAAGUUGGCGUCCAAGCUGAAAGUACAAAACAUUCAGGUCUUCAGUGACUCUCAGCUCGUUGUGGGCCAGGUAAAUGGUAGUUGUGACAUCAGGGAUCCCCAGCUCGGUCGUUAUGCCUCUGUGGUCAACAGAUUGAAAUCAGCAUUUGUUCUCUUCCAAAUUGAUAAAAUACCAAGAGCGGAUAACCACCGAGCUGACGAGCUGUCAAAGCUGGCUUCCUCGCAAGACCUUAACCCUCAGAGGUCGACAAUUGUCGAGAUACUCGACGCCCCGAGCUAUACCGAUUCCACAGUCAAAUGUCAGCUACUGAGCACAGACCCCUCUGCAUCGAGCUGGACCACCCCGCUCAUAAAUUAUCUGCAGAGUGGUGAGCUACCUGAAGACCAGGCCACUGCAAAAUUGGUUAAACGCAGGGCGGCACAUUUCACGUUGUUAAAUAACCAGCUCUAUAAACGAGCAGCCUCAAUGCCCCUACUACGCUGCCUUACUCCUUAUGAAGCCGAAUACGCCGUAAGGGAAGUUCACGAAGGAGUAUGUGGCACACACAUAGGCAGUAGGACUCUAGCUCGGAAGCUCCUAAGGCACGGAUAUUACUGGCCAACCAUGGUGGAAAACGCGCAGAGCUAUGUUAAAAAGUGCCCGACCUGCCAGUUCAAUGCUGAUGAUAUUCACAUGCCAGGUAUCACAGCUUGUUGUAAAGUUCAUGCAAACUUCGCAUUUGACUGUAUGCUAAGCAUAAGUACCUUUGUGAAAGCAGGGGAAAUGCUAUCAUCUCUUACAUCCCCCUGGCCCUUCGCUCAAUGGGGUGUCGACCUGCUCGGCCCUUUCAUCAAAGGCAAAGGAGGCUGCACCUUCCUGGUCGUUGCAGUGGAUUACUUCACUAAAUGGAUAGAAGCCAAACCAUUGUCCAUGACAACGGAAAGGAAAAUAGAAGAAUUCUUGUUCAAUUCAAUAUUGUGCAGGUUCGGCAUACCUAAGCGGAUUAUCGUCGAUAAUGGGCCACAGUUCCGAGCAGCAGCACUGAGGUCGUUCUGCAAAGACUAUGGCAUUGAGCUCUCCUUGACGUCGGUGUACACCCCGCAGUCAAACGGACAGGCCGAGUCUGCCAAUAAGAUCGUUUUGCGAGGCCUCAGGACACGUGUUAUAUUCGCACGUUCUAACUGGGUUGACGAGCUCAAUAAAAUACUUUGGUCAUGUUGCACGACACCCAGCUCGGCCACGGGAGAAACCCCGUUCAACCUGGCAUACGGAGCUGAAGCCGUCAUCCCUGUUGAGGUCGGGCUAUCAUCUGUUAGGUCAGAUCGUCAUGACGAUCAGAUUAAUGGGCAACUCUUAAGAGAGAACCUAGACCUAGUGGAGGAAGUCAGGGAGAUGGCUCGAAUUAGAAACAUGGCACACCAAGGUAGUGUAGCAAGAUUCUACAAUAAAAGAGUCCGAGCUCGUCAGUUUCAGGUUGGCGAUCUAGUAUUACGUAAGGCUGAGUUAACUAACACAUGUUCCCACAUGGGCAAGCUUGCCCCUAAUUGGGAAGGUCCAUACAUGGUUGCUCAAGUUAACCGACCUGGAUCUUACGUAUUGGCAUAUCUGAACGGGCGUCAAUUACCAUUCACAUGGAACGUUUAGAACCUUAGAAAAUUUUAUAGUUGAUUUAUAUUAUUGUAGAAAAUUUCAAUAAUGUAUGAGCAAUUAU